CGAGGGCGAACGUGGGUUCGCGGAUGAUUCGCACGAGACGCAGUACGAGGGGGUGAGGACGAAGCGGGCGAGGAAGGCGACGAGGGCGAAGGGCGAGGACGAGACGAAGAAGAAGAAGAAGAAGAAGAAUCGCGGCGGGUCGAGUUCGAGCAGCAGCAGCAGCAGCAGCAGCAGCAGCAGCAGCAGCAGCAGUUCGUCGUCGUCGUCGUCGUCGUCGAGUGAGAGCGAUUCGGCGUGCGGUCGAAGGUCGUCGCGAAAGGCGGCGGAUAACGCGAACAAGCUACGAGACGCGUUGGCGGACGUCGUCAGGAAGGCGAGCAAGGCGAAGCGUAAGGCGAAAUCUUCAAAGUCCACGAUGAAGAUGAAGAAAUCGGGCAAGGCGGGUAAGGAGAAAAAGAACGGACCUUCGGGCAAGAGGAGGCAUAAGUUUUCGCUCGAGGCGAAACUAGGAAAGUUGGUGUCGCAAAAGUGUUACGAGGAGACGCUCAGGGCGGACGCCUUGGGCGCCGGUUUGGCGGUGCUCGACGUGACCGCGUCCUCGACGACGGCGACGAAAGAGACGCGGCAACCGACGGCGCUGGCCACGCUCGGCGCGUGUCCGCUCGUAUCGCCCGUGGUUUUAGGCGACGCCACGCGAGAGGUGCCCAUCGCCGUCGUGGAGAUUUGCACGGGCAAGGAUUGCCGCAAAAGCGGUUCAGAAGCGAUCGUCGACGCGUUGAAUGCGGAAUUACCUCGUGGGUGGAAAUGUCGAGGCAGUGGGAAGUGCAUUUCAAGCUGUAAACGCGGGAUCAACGCUCGCUUGACGACGGCCAUCGGAAGAGAAAAAUUUUCAUACUUGGACGAGAAGAGCGCUCGCGCGCUCUUCGUGCCCAUGGCGCUGGCGACGAACGAGCUCAACGCAAGUUUCGACGAGCUAGACGACCCUGCGUCAAAGUUCAUGACGCCGCGCGAGCGUAGAAAAUCACCAAUCGUCGCCGCGGCGGAGGCCAUUUCCAACGCCGUCGAGGCCUCGCAUUCCGACGUGCCGCCGGGGUUUUUGCCGCGAGUACAAACUUAG